GUCCGUGGGUGGAGGAGCUCAGAGCUGGAAGUGACCACUCUGGAGGCCGGGUCAGUAGUCUCACACGCCCAGAGCAGGGAGGACCUCGGCGGGCCAGAUAUACAACUUGUCACCUUACUCAGUAAACUGCUGAAGUGUUCUACUGUGUAUUUUCUACAAUCCGCAAGAACCAUACAUCCAAGAUAUCGUUGUUAGAGAAGCAGUGUGGUGAAGCAGGCCAUGAAGAGCUCAGUGUUGUGGGUCCUCCUCCUCGCUGCCCAGGCUCGCGGCAGCUUGCUCGAUGGCCUUCACCACCACCAUGGUGAACACAGCCACGGGGAACACAUCCAUGGUGAACACAGCCACGGGGAACACACCCAUGGUGAACACAGUCACGCAGGAGAACAUAAUCAUGGCCACCACAGCCAUGGAGAAGAACAAGUUCCUGUAGACCAUAACAGAAUCAGAGAACCGGUAUAUGGAGAACGUAUUCGCAGUGAAGAACAAGGUCGGACUGCGGACAAUAACAGAGAAGAACAUCAUAACAACCGGAGCCACACCACCAUAAACAAGCAGGAACGCCUGGUCACCGCCGUCGCCUCUGACCUCAGCGGCUUCCUUGACCUCCCGCCAGCUGACUCGGAUUCAUCUGCUGACCAACUCCAGAACUUUGACCCUUUGACCUUUGACCCGCCAGCAACUGAGGUCAACCAGCAGUUCGACCUUUCAACGAGCACCUUCAACCAGGGCUUUGACCACCCAGCCACUGAGGUCAACCUACAACGUGACCUUCCAGUGAACGAAUUUAACCAGGGCUUUAACCAAACAAUAAAUGAGGUCAAUCAGCAGUUUGAAUCGUCAUCAAACCAGUUGAAUCAGGGCUUUGACCAUCCUGUGCAAGACGUCAGCCAAGGCUUUGACCAUCCUGUAGAAGACGUCAGCCAAGGCUUUGACCAUCCUGUAGAAGACGUCAGCCAAGGCUUUGACCAUCCUGUAGAAGACGUCAGCCAAGGCUUUGACCAUCCUGUAGAAGACGUCAGCCAAGGCUUUGACCAUCCUGUAGAAGACGUCAGCCAAGGCUUUGACCAUCCUGUAGAAGACGUCAGCCAAGGCUUUGACCAUCCUGUAGAAGACGUCAGCCAAGGCUUUGACCAUCCUGUACAAGACGUCAGCCAAGGCUUUGACCAUCCUGUACAAGACGUCAGCCAAGGCUUUGACCAUCCUGUACAAGACGUCAGCCAAGGCUUUGACCAUCCUGUACAAGACGUCAGCCAAGGCUUUGACCAUCCUGUGGAAGACGUCAGCCAAGGCUUUGACCAUCCUGUGGAAGACGUCAGCCAAGGCUUUGACCAUCCUGUGGAAGACGUCAGCCAAGGCUUUGACCAUCCUGUGGAAGACGUCAGCCAAGGCUUUGACCAUCCUGUGGAAGACGUCAGCCAAGGCUUUGGCCAUCCUGUACAAGACGUCAGCCAAGGCUUUGAUCAAAGAGUUAAUGAAGACAAUUAUGCGUUUGACGUUAGAGCAAAAGACAUUAACCAGCAGCUUGACCUCUCCAGUGACGCUCCAGCACCACUGACCUCUGACCCAGCUCAGGCCCGCACUAACUACCCCACACAGACCAGUGAACCACUGACCUCUGACCCAGCUCAGGCCCCCACUAACUACCCCACACAGACCAGUGAACCUCUGACCUCUGACCCAGCUCAGGCCCGCACUAACUACCCCACACAGACCAGUGAACCACUGACCUCUGACCCAGCUCUGGCCCGCACUAACUACCCCACACAGACCAGUGAACCACUGACCUCUGACCCAGCUCAGGCCCGCACUAACUACCCCACACAGACCAGUGAACCACUGACCUCUGACCCAGCUCAGGCCCGCACUAACUACCCCAAACAGACCAGUGAACCACUGACCUCUGACCCAGCUCAGGCCCGCACUAACUACCCCACACAGACCAGUGAACCACUGACCUCUGACCCAGCUCAGGCCCGCACUAACUACCCCACACAGACCAGUGAACCACUGACCUCUGACCCAGCUCAGGCCCGCACUAACUACCCCAAACAGACCAGUGAACCACUGACCUCUGACCCAGCUCAGGCCCGCACUAACUACCCCACACAGACCAGUGCUAACGACUCCGUGCGGGCCAGAACCAAUGGUUCCGUUCAGACCUUUGUGUACGACCCCGCGCAAGCCCUGAUUGAGGACGACCCCACACGCAGCCAAGUGAACAAUCCUGCACAGGAACCUGCCUACGACCCAACACAGGCUCUUGCGAACGACUUCACGCGCGCCCGUGCUAAUGACCCAACCACGACCCUCGUGACGACCCCAGCCAGUGACCCCACAAGGACCCCAGCCAGUGACCCCAGGAAGAGCUCUGCCAGACCUGAGGAUGCCGCCAGGGCUGACGGAGUUGUCACUCAGGAACAAGAGUCAGCAGGAGGCGGGGCCAAGGAGCUGAAACCUGCGGCCAGGGGCUCGACCAGGGGCUCGAGUGACUACCCGCAGUACUCCAUGGUGCCGAGGACGACCUUCUCCUGUAGCGACCAUCAGCAUGGCGGCUACUACGCCGACCCCGAGGCUCAGUGUCAGGUGUUCCACGUGUGCCUGAACGGUGGGAAGAUGGGGUCGUUCCUGUGCCCCAACGGGACGCUCUUCAACCAGAACUACUUCGUCUGUGACUGGUGGUUCAACGUCGACUGUGCAAGCGCCGCCAACAAGUACGACCUCAACGCGGCCAUUGGGGUCGUCCCUCCACGCAACUAGUGACCCUUCACCAUGUGUAAUGGUCGUCCGGGUGAUCUUGGCCGGAUACCGACGUUGUAACGCUUCAGUAAUCCGUUAAAGAACACUGAAGUUCCCCAUCAAAAAUAUUAUAAAGAAAAUGGAUAUGGUGAAGAAGGGGGACUAAAGAGGACGGAGUUCCGUCCACAAGCUGGUCUUGACAUUUCUAUAAAUAAAUAAUAUUUACUUCUGGGCAUAAACAAUGUCGACAAUAUUAUGUUUGUCUUGUGUGUGGUUACAUAUAAUUGCGUUCAUGUAUGCAUCCGUGUGUGUUUGUGUAUGUAUUCACCGUCCGUGUGUGUUUGUGUAUGUAUUCACCGUCCGUGUGUGUCUGUGCAUUCUGUAUUCUCUUCCUGUGCCAUAGACCCAAUGGCGACGUGUUGACGUAAUGGGUCGUGACGUCAUAUGUGGCAACCAAUAACCCUUCACGACGAUAAACGUGACGUCAUCAACAACCAAUAGCGUAACGAACCAACAGUUCAUGACGUAAUUUUCUCGGUUGCAUCAUGUUCUAUGUAGCCUAAAGUGCAAUGUAUGUUGGUAGUACAUGUGACGUCAUGUUGCUGGUUGACCAAUAGUGCCUUCUUCGUGGUAAGAUAUGUGACGUCAAGUUGCUGGUUGACCAAUAGUGGCCGUCUCAAUGAUAAUACACGUGACGUCAUGUACCUGGUCGACCAAUAACAGCCUUCCCAGAGGUGAGACGUGACGUCAUGUACCUGGUCGACCAAUAACAGCCUUCCCAGAGGUGAGACGUGACGUCAUGUACCUGGUCGACCAAUAACAGCCUUCCCAGAGGUGAGACGUGACGUCAUGUACCUGGUCGACCAAUAACAGCCUUCCCAGAGGUGAGACGUGACGUCAUGUACCUGGUCGACCAAUAACAGCCUUCCCAGAGGUGAGACGUGACGUCAUGUACCUGGUCGACCAAUAACAGCCUUCCCAGAGGUAAGACGUGACAUCAUGUACCUGGUCGACCAAUAACAGCCUUCCCAGAGGUAAGACGUGACGUCAUGUACCUGGUCGACCAAUAACAGCCUUCCCAGAGGUGAGACGUGGCGUCAUGUACCUGGUCGACCAAUAACAGCCUUCCCAGAGGUGAGACGUGGCGUCAUGUACCUGGUCGACCAAUACCAGCCUUCCCAGAGGUGAGACGUGGCGUCAUGUACCUGGUCGACCAAUAACAGCCUUCCCAGAGGAGAGACGUGGCGUCAUGUACCUGGUCGACCAAUAACAGCCUUCCCAGAGGUGAGACGUGGCGUCAUGUACCUGGUCGACCAAUAACAGCCUUCCCAGAGGUGAGACGUGGCGUCAUGUACCUGGUCGACCAAUACCAGCCUUCCCAGAGGUGAGACGUGGCGUCAUGUACCUGGUCGACCAAUAACAGCCUUCCCAGAGGAGAGACGUGGCGUCAUGUACCUGGUCGACCAAUAACAGCCUUCCCAGAGGUGAGACGUGGCGUCAUGUACCUGGUCGACCAAUAACAGCCUUCCCAGAGGUGAGACGUGACGUCAUGUACCUGGUCGACCAAUAACAGCCUUCCCAGAGGAGAGACGUGGCGUCAUGUACCUGGUCGACCAAUACCAGCCUUCCCAGAGGUGAGACGUGACGUCAUGUACCUGGUCGACCAAUAACAGCCUUCCCAGAGGUGAGACGUGACGUCAUGUACCUGGUCGACCAAUAACAGCCUUCCCUGAGGAGAGACGUGACGUCAUGUACCUGGUCGACCAAUACCAGCCUUCCCAGAGGAGAGACGUGACGUCAUGUACCUGGUCGACCAAUACCAGCCUUCCCAGAGGAGAGACGUGACGUCAUGUACCUGGUCGACCAAUACCAGCCUUCCCAGAGGUGAGACGUGGCGUCAUGUACCUGGUCGACCAAUAACAGCCUUCCCAGAGGAGAGACGUGACGUCAUGUACCUGGUCGACCAAUAACAGCCUUCCCAGAGGAGAGACGUGACGUCAUGUACCUGGUCGACCAAUAACAGCCUUCCCAGAGGAGAGACGUGGCGUCAUGUACCUGGUCGACCAAUAACAGCCUUCCCAGAGGAGAGACGUGACGUCAUGUACCUGGUCGACCAAUAACAGCCUUCCCAGAGGAGAGACGUGACGUCAUGUACCUGGUCGACCAAUAACAGCCUUCCCAGAGGUGAGACGUGACGUCAUGUACCUGGUCGACCAAUAACAGCCUUCCCAGAGGAGAGACGUGACGUCAUGUACCUGGUCGACCAAUAACAGCCUUCCCAGAGGAGAGACGUGACGUCAUGUACCUGGUCGACCAAUAACAGCCUUCCCAGAGGUGAGACGUGGCGUCAUGUACCUGGUCGACCAAUAACAGCCUUCCCAGAGGAGAGACGUGACGUCAUGUACCUGGUCGACCAAUAACAGUGUGUCUGUGUUUCGUGUGAAUCUGUGUUAAUAUUUUAUUCUGGUAAUAAAAUAUGUUUAUAUAAAA